UCUCAGUAAACUUUAUUCUGUGACCAGCCAUCAGCAUAUCACACAAACAGAUUAUAUAGUAUACAAAAGACUCCACAAAGUGGUCAGACCUGCCGUUUACGCUCCUCCCCCUGGGUUCAGACUGAAGUAGUGUUAGUUCACAUGGAGGAGGAGAAACACAGACGCUCAUCUAGUGAAUGAGACCCGCACACACACACACACACACACACAUAGUCAGUCUCUCACAGGAGAUCUUCACCAGCAGACUGUGUCUGGAGUAUAACGGGACUUUCACGUCUUCAGUUUGUUGAACAGGAUCUUUGGAGGGCAGGAUGGAAAACACGUGUGAGGUGUGGAAACCGGCACAGUAGAGCGUAGUGACGGCUCAGACUGCGGCCGAUGCCCCAAAACACGCUGACCCUUGACCCUGCGAUGCCCACCGAGCUGCUGAAAGACACCAUGACAAUCCCCGGAGCUUCAGAGCGAAUCCUGCAAGAGAAAACCAACAACAACGAGCCUCCUCAACUGCAGCCGCUGGCCGUCACCAUCCCCCUGGUCAAUGAGGGACAGCUGACAGCAGCCACCGGCGGAGCAGAGCUGUCCUGCUACCGCUGCACCGUGCCCUUCGGAGUGGUGGUCCUGAUCGCAGGGAUCGUAGUGACGGCCGUCGCGUACAGCUUCAACUCUCACGGCUCCACCAUAUCGUACUUUGGACUGGUGCUGCUCUCGGCCGGGCUGGUGCUGCUCGCCCUGAGCGCCGUUUGCUGGAAAGUGCGGAUGGAGAGAAAGAAAGAGAGAAGACGAGAGAGUCAGACGGCACUGGUGGCCCAUCAGAGGAGCAUCUUUGCCUGAUUCGACACAAGCAUGAACUCAGAAACCUUCAUGAUGAACGAGUUAAUGUGACAUCCAGAUGUUUUGCCUCAGGUCGGACCAUGAACUGUAAAAAAAGAUGGACGACUCAUUUCCACUUCCUUCCAAUGUAGAAAAGGGAAGCCAAAACAGAGAUUGUCUUACUAUAGUGAGAUGAGAUUAUUGAGAUUAUACUGUAUUACUUACUAUUGGAGAAAGCGCAACAGUUAACUUGGAUCACGUGUGCCUUAAUAACCAAUCACAUUACAGCCUUGACGUCAUUGAAUUUCAGUCAGAGUUGCGCGACACCAAAGACUAUAGAAGUACAAAGACGGUUCACUCCUAUACUUAUGAAUGGGAGAAACUGCAAUAUGGCGGGAUUGUCCCGCCUUCUAAAUGAAAGAGCCAAUGGUUGAUUGGUAAAGUCACUGCGUCACUGCAGCGGCCGUUAGAAGCUCCGGUUCCCAUAGAAACCUGAGGCUGGGGCAGUUCAUUUCAGAUUUUGUUGCUGAUUUGAAAUAUGUAAUUUAAUCGUGAGUUCAGCGAGCAGUUUUUGAGAUUCCAGGAUUCACCCAUUCAUUUAGAUAGGACUUGGUCUUGUUAGAGCUCCCUGGAGGCGUUGCAUAUGGCGGCUGUCAUCCCGCAUCUUGUUUGGGACAAUGUCCAGAUAAUUGGCCUCAGGGGGUGACGACACCCCAUGUUUAUAGCAUCAAAUAACUAACUAAAAACAAACUUUUUUAGAAAAACUAAUACUUAAAUAAACAUUAGAGUGAAAAGACAGAAACCAUCUUUGAUUGGUUUAAUUUUGCUCACAUUCCAUUGGUUUACAUGGAAAGGGUGGGGUUUAUAACCUAUACUGCAGCCAGCCACCAGGGGGCGAUUGAGAAAGAAAGAGAGAAAAUGAGACGAAGUCAAACGGCACUGAUGGCCCAUCAGAGGAGCAUCUUCUCCGGAUUCGACAUGAGCACAAACUCCGAAACCUUCAUGGCAAACAAAUCAAAGCAUCACGUUUUGGACGACGUCCAGAUGUUUUGCCUCAGGUCAGACCAUAGACUGUAAAAUAAGUUGUAUGACGCAUUUUCGCUUCCUUCCACCGUAGAAAAGUAAACCCAAAAUGUUCCAUGUUUCAUCUUGCCCCGAUGACGUCAUUUGGAGCAUGAGUCAUCAUUUGUGCAGUAGUGAUCGUGAGGUGGAGCCGCGGUUUCAAAGUCCCACCCAAACUCCCACAGAUCCAAUCACAAGCUCACAAUCAUGAUACCACACCCUGUUUUUAUAGCAUUAAAUAACUACAUAAAAACAACGAACGAACAAACACUCGAACAUUCAUUGGAGUGAUAAGAACUACCUAAAAUGAUGGAAAUUGUCUUUGGAAGAGAAGUAAGUGUAAUUAGAUUUUUUUAGUUCCGAUCACGUUCGAUUGGUUUACAUGGAGAGGGCGGGGUUUAUGACCUAUACUGCAGCCAUCCAGCAGGGAGCGAUCAAAAUGUUUUGGCUUCACUUUUCAGUCAGACAAACCGAACACUGUCAGAGAAAACGGAAUUAUGGUAUUCCACGAAUGGCUCUCAGAAUGAGAGUUCGGGACAGUUAAUCGAGACAGACUCGCAGCUGCAUGUGUCCAGAUGUCGAGACACAGCUGCACUGCAAAAAGUCAUCAUGCUUAAAACAACUCUCAAGUUCUAAUGUUUACUUUCUCCAGCAUCACUAUUGCUACUUCUCAAACAUCGGGUUAGAGGUUUGUUUAGAUCGCUGACACUGCAGUGUGCAACUCGCCAUGCAUCCCAUAAGCCAACAAAUAUCCAGUACACCUUAGCAACCAACCUGACAACACACAAAAACACCCCCCAAAAAAGCAGUGUCUAAGAAUGCACUUAGAACCACUUAACAACAAAUACUUAGCUGCAUUUCAACUCCCAAGCAACUGGAAAAGCAACGCUGCAAAAAAUGGAUUUUCUUACUUACAAUUUUGGUCUUGUUUUUCAUUACAAACGCCAAAAAAUUCCUAAAUCAAGACAUUUAUUAAAGAAGGAAUAUGACUUGAGAUAUUAAGUUAUCAAAAUUAAAAUUUAGUUUAUGCUUAAAACAAGAAAAGUGAUCUGUCAAUGGGGUAAGAAAAAUAAUUUUGUUUUCUUUUUGAAUUAAGUUUGCACAGAUGGAUAUUUUUUCUUGUUUUAAGCAUAAAGUCCCUUUAUUUUGAUACAUUUUUCAGAAAACAAAAUUAUUUACUGUUGUACCAAACCUUUAUGUAUUUCUUUCUCCUGUGGAACAAAUACAUAAGAUAUUUUGAAGAAAAAUAAAAUUAAUUGUAUUUUUCGUCCAUACAAGUGGAAAUCAAUGGGAACUGAAACUAUCUGGAAUUUUCAGGGUUUUUUUCAAAAUUUGAAUUUUCAGAAUUUUCAAUUUCCAGAAUGUUCAGUUUCGGUUUCCAUUGACUUCCAUUGUAUUUUUUGUCCUUUCAAUGGAAGUCAAUGGGAACAGAAACGGUUUGGCUACCAACAUUCUUCAAAAUGUCUUCUUUUAUGUUCUGCAGCAUAAAGAAAGUUUGUGAUGACAUGAAUUUUCAUUUUUGGGUGAACUAUCCCUUUAAUAUCUUCAGUUAUUUUGAUUUAAGAAUGUUUAGAUAUUUUAUAAUUUUAGCAUCCUCAACCACAAACUGUAGUAGUUUCUGACGCAGCACAAGCCGCCCUUUAAUGUGGUUCAUAAGCGCAUUCUUUUUUUCUUUCUUUCUCUCUGUCUCUUUUGCCUGUCAGGCAGGGCCGUUUGGUUAGCUGGGAUGCAAGCCAAGGCGAACGCAUCAAAAUUAAGACAAGUAACCGCUGUGCAAACCCAGAGACGGGAAGUGUCAUAUUAAUCCACGGCUGCUUCCUGUCCGGGUGGAUUAAUGGAAAGACAUGCUUUGAGACAUAAAGGAAAGGGAGGAAAUUUAGGAAAUGAAGAACAAUGAUUUCUUCUUCAUUGAGAGUAUCUUUCUGACACCCAGAUACUUUAUAUGUCGCUAUUGUGGACAUAUGGUACUUAUAUCACUAGUAUUAAGAUAUAUAAACAACAAUGGGCUGGAAAACCAGACGUUAUGUUCUUUUAUUGAAUUUAUUUUGUAUUUCAGACUAUGAGGACAGACAAACACGCUCUUACUCGAGCAGUGAUUUAUGACUUUAUGUGAAGUAACUUAAAAAGACCGAUAAUCGCAUUUAAGAUGACAGUAUUAUGUGAUUUUUGUGUAUUUGAUCAUGUAAAUUGUGAAUUAUUGAUUUCAGGUGCUUAUUUUUUGAUGAGAGAAUGAAAAUGUGUCUUAACAGUUCAGUUUCAGAUUGCUUAUGAUUGUAAUCGUCAUUUCUUCAAUUAUGUCUGUGGAAAUGCUAUAUUUGUUAGAUGCUGACAGAACUAUUUUUAAUAAACUCCUGUGAAACUAAAAAAUUAUCUCAAUGAUUUCAAAAAUCAUUUGAAUUAUUCCACCAACUAAUUAAUAUGUAAACUCUAAAACUCACAGCAACUGUUGCAUUAAACAAAGUGUUAUGAGUUUGAGUUGUGACUGAAUGAGUCGUGUCUGAGUCACUUCAUGUCUGCAGACUGGCUUUAAUUAUUUCCCCAUUCCCCAUUUGUUUGAAGUGGUUUGGGUUUGGUCGAAAGACGCCAGCCUAACAUAAAGAGCUUUCUCGUGUGAGAUGCUGCGAUUAAAACUUUCAAUAAUGAAUGGAAGGAAAUGUUUCUUUCUUUCUUUUACAAUGAGCUCUGCUGCGCUCCACGUCUGCACUGUGCAUUGUGUACAAGUGAAUGCCAUCGGAAGUGUCCAAACUUCACUGCUUAUGUAGGUGAGAAUUUGAAAGGCACCUAUUAUGCAAAAUUCACUUUUGCAUGUUGUUUGAACAUAAGUAUGUGUUGGCAGUGUGUGUACACAACCACGCUAUAAUGAUAAAAAUCCACCCGCUCCUUUUAUUUUAAUCCCCGGAAAUCAUAAGCAGUGUCUCAGAACAAGCCAUUCGCAGAAUCUGUACAAAGUGACAUCACAUUUUACAAGCCCGCCCAUGACUGUUGAUGGACACUGCUGUAUUAGCAGAGACCCCGCCUUGAGUGAGCCGUACAGAAUCCACCAUGUUUAUCUUCAUGCUAGAGCAUUUAAAAGCAGCAUUCAUGUAAGAAAUGUCUUCUUAUUAAAGCCAUAGAAGUUAUUCAGUCCAGAGCGGUGAGUGAUUUUCUGUUUUUAGUUUAUUGUUUAGGUCAUAUUAUCAGCAUGGACAGCAGUACUGUACAUUACGCUGCUAAUAUAAACACAAAUCUAAUAUAAACAUGUGAAUUCUUUCCCAGCUGUUUACCUUUACAGACAUAACUGAUGUUUUUAGCAGAGGAUCUGAGGAACGAGCCUCUUAUUAAUGCCGCUUCCAUAGACAUUGGUGUGUAUUUAACAAACUAUAAGUGUAUUGUUUUGCUAGUACUUUGGUGUAUUUAAACAUCUGAAACCUAAAAUAAGCAUAUGGUUGAAAACACUGAAUAGUUGUGAUAAUAUGACAAACGCUGAACACGUCCGUCUCUGACUCCGCGAAAAGCGUGAAAGUAGAUUUUAAUUUAGCAGUUGAUCACAUGCUGAACAUUCUAAUCACACCGGUGUGAUCGUACAUGUCAAAGGGUUAAAGCAAACAUUUUGGGAAAUUCACAUUUAUAACACAUACUCAAAUAUAAUGCACAAAGUUGCUAUGAUGUUUGGCAACCAUAAACAGCACCCUGGCAACUGCCUUGAACACCCUAGCAACAGCAUAGCAACAGGUCAGAACACCUUAGACACAUCAAAACAACACCCUAUAUAUAUAUAUAUAUUAGUGGCGUCCGUUGCUAUGGCGCAAAGAGCGCUUCGUUCAUAAUCACUAAAAAGCUGUCACUCUUAGUUCACAAAUCUCUUAUUUACAUUGCGUCAACACUUUGUUAUAAUGAGAUUAUUCGUGCAGAACACAAUACCUGAACAAAAACUCUGGCGAUCUGAGUGGUGAGUGGAUUCUACUGCAACUUAAAUGCCUCUGAUAUAUGUCUGUGAUUGGCUACAUUGCUCAACGCUGCAAAAACAUGUUGGAAUAGAAAUCGAUCUCCAGAGCGCAAACUGUAAUGCACUGGAUAGUUAGCCAAAUCUGCAAUAAAAUGCCAUUAAUACAACUUUAACUGAGGGUGCUUUUGAUUUCGUUGGAGGGUGCUUAGCACCCUCUAGCACCCCUGUAGAACCGGGCCUGCACAUAGCAAUGCUCUAAGCACUCAGAACACCAUAGCAACUCCCUGGAAACUGCCCAGAACACCCUAGAAACCACAUAGCAAUGCUCUAACCACUCAGAAAACCAUAGCAACACCCUGGAAACUGCUCAGAACACUCAGAAACUGCCAAGAGCACCCUGGUAACCACACAGCAACACUUUAGCAUCAUGUCGGCAUAAAAGUGGAAAAUAGUUGUAUGUAGUUUACUGAAUAUGAAACACACAGAUUUGGUAUUUCUGUUUUGAACACUAAACCAAAAAAUGUUCUAUUUGUGUAGAAAACCACAAACCAAGGACCAGUUAAAGCAGUGCAGCUGUAGUUCCCCUGACUCCAUCAGUGCUAUAUUAAUUCUCUAUAGGUGAUCUUGUGGCCUUGAACUGCUCGCUUCGACAUGGCGGUUUAAAAUAGCCGGACUUAGAGAUGUAUUUAUAGGCAGCAUUUGCGUUGCUAUGCGUUUCCCGGACACCAGACACUACAACUCAACGGUUUGUUUGCGUCAGAGGAGCAUCCACAACACACUUUGUCAGAUUCGAUGGCCAACGUCCCUCACAACCAAGUGGACACACAGCGAACAGGAGAGACGACCUGAACACAUAAAUCAGAUGUUUGAUGCCCAGCAAGAUGUCUUCUUCUCUCCACGGCCGCACUGCAGUGUAGGAACUUCUGGAAAGUCCAAGUGCAAAUACUACUUUUAGCAGAGAUUUUAUUCUAAUAUUCAUAUUUUAGUUUAUUUCUAUGGAAGCUUCACUGAAUAAUAAAAAAAAAAAAGUAAUUGCGACAUUUUAUCUCAGUUCUGACAUUUUUUUCUCAGAAUUGCAAAAUAUAAACUCUAUAUAUAAAAUAGCUAAUUGUAAGAAAUUUCUCAAAAUAGUUUUAGGUUACAACAACAACACUGAAUGUGACAAAAAGACACUUAGAUAAUACUUAGAUAAUUUAAUGAGAGAUGUUUGAGUCCAUACUGAGAUUUUUUUUUUAACUCUAGAGGACAACCGUGUGAGAGAGAUAUAUAUAUAUAUAUAUAUCCUCAGCUAAAAUUUAAAGCACAAAAAUCUCUAUUUGCUCUCCAUUCAAUCCUAAUAAGAAGCAAUCAAGACAUUUAAGAGAUCUCAUCUGAGAGUUUAAUUUAUGUGUAAUGGGCAAUAUUUCCAUAAUAAUCUCACCUGUGUCCUGUGUAGAUGUAUAAUGCCUCAAACUGUGCUCAGAAAACAAAGUCUCAAAAAUAAAUCAAAUGUUUCUCAUCAAAUUCUGUACAUUGAAAAAUGCACCUAUCUUUAUUUCUUAAAAUGUUUAGAAGAAACAUGAGACAAAGUUGAUGUCAAAGCUCAUGAAGUUUGUCAAAGUUGUCAAAUCACAAUAUCUCUAAUGAGAAACAUCCACAAAAAGAGACACAUCUGAGCUGAGCACAGAUUUUAAUGACAAAAAAAAAAAAAAGAA